AUGGUCACAAUUACAACGAGAGUCAUCGGCUCUCUUGUGGCAUCCGUUCUUGUAGCCAUCGCCUCAACCCCUUUGCCUGUGUCGGCAUUCUACAUCCCAGGACUAACUCCAACGGUCUACAAGGAAAAUGACCGCCUUCCUCUCUUUGUCAACAAAAUCUUUUCCAAAAAGAGUCCCCUCGACUACUCCUAUGCAGACCUGCCCUUUGUCUGCUCACCGCCCAAGGAUGCCAAGAAGGCCUGGCUGAACCUGGGCGAGGUCCUCCGAGGAGACCGCAUCUCAAGUUCCAACUACGAGUUGAUCGUGGGCAAGGACGAAAAGUGCAAGACGCUCUGUACUAAAACAGUCGCCGCAGAGGAUGCCGCUCUUGCAAAGGACUUUAUUUCAAACGAAUACUCUGUCGAGUGGAUUGUUGAUAAUCUACCAGCAGCAACACGAUACAGCGUAGGGGACAAGACAGACAAGAAGCACAAGCAGUACGAAGCAGGAUUCGCACUGGGCAAGAUGAAAUACGGAAAGAUCAACAUCAACAACCAUGUCACCAUCCGCAUUCUGUAUCAAGUUCAGCCUGGCAACCCGGACGGAAAGCUCAUUGUUGGGUUUGAAGUCUACCCCCUCUCAAUCCUCGGAGAGAGCUGCCCCGAUGAAGGCAAACUUCAGGAGUUUCAACCACUGAAUGAAAAGACAACAGAUAUUACUUUCACCUAUUCAGUACUGUGGCUCGAGGACAAGGAGGUGACAUGGAGCACCCGCUGGAACCUCUAUCUUGUUAACACUGACACUCAAGUCCACUGGUAUUCGAUCGUCAACUCGAUGGUCAUCAUGCUGUUCCUCACAGGAAUGGUCGCCAUCAUUAUCAUGAGGACCCUCAACAAGGACAUUGCUCUGUAUAAUGAGGAGGAGAUGAAAGAUGAGCACGACGAUACCACUGGAUGGAAACUUGUCCACGGCGACGUCUUCCGUACUCCCAAGUACUCCUCUCUCCUCUGUUGUCUUUUGGGCUCUGGUGUCCAAAUCCUGGCCAUGGCCCUUACCACCAUUUUGUUUGCGCUUAUUGGUGUGCUGAACCCUUCGUACCGUGGAGGAUUUGUGUCGUUCGGCCUGUUCUUGUUUGUCUUUGCAGGUUGCUUUGCGGGAUACUACUCUGCUCGUCUGUACAAGGUCUUUAAAGGCAGCUCAUGGACCAAAAACGCCAUUAUGACUGCAACUCUUGUUCCUGGAUUCCUCAUGACGAUCGUGUUCUUGUUAAACCUUUUUGUGUGGUCGCAGAACUCUUCCAAUGCCAUUCCCUUUGGAACCUUCUUUGCAUUGGUUGUAAUGUGGUUCGGAAUCUCGCUGCCCUUGAACUUGGUUGGUGCGUACUUUGGACAGCGCAAGACGGUUAUCGAGCACCCAGGGCGCACCAACCAAAUCCCUCGCCAGAUCCCUGAGCCUGUCUGGUACCUCCGUCCUCUCUUCACGAUUGCUAUGGGCGGACUGCUACCAUUUGCGGUCGUUUUCAUCGAGUUGUUCUUUAUUCUCAAGUCUAUCUGGGAAGGACAAUACUAUUACAUGUUUGGCUUCCUGAGCUUGGUGUUUAUGAUCUUGCUUGUGACAUGCGUGGAGAUGACCCUCGUCAUUGUUUAUUUCCAGUUAUGUGAUGAGGACUACAACUGGUGGUGGAGGAGCUUCCUUGCGUCGGCAUUCUCUGCGGUGUACAUCUUUGUGUAUAGCAUGAUCUAUUUCUUCAAGCAGCUGUCGAUCGACCACUUUGUGCCAGGUUUGAUCUACUUUGCCAACAGUUUUAUGGUCUGCACUGCAUAUGGACUUUUGACGGGCACAGCGGGUUUUAUUAGCACGUACUGGUUUGUGAGGAGGAUCUACUCUGCCGUCAAGAUUGACUAG